AAGGCAACUUUGGUAAAGUGAGUUGAUCCGUCCUUAAAUAAGAUAAAUAAAAUACAAAUGAGCAAAUGUGAGGUUACUGAAUGCACUUUUCCUCACUGUUUCUAUCACUCCAGGUAUAUCUCGCACAACACAAAUCUUCUGGAGAAGAGGUUGCCAUCAAGACAAUAAAAAAGGAAGAGAUAACCAUUUCUGACAUUCAGAGCCUGAAACUGGAGAAGGCCAUUCUUGAAGAGGCUAAAAGAGAGAAGAACCCUUUCCUCGUUGGCCUAUAUGCCUCAUUUCAGAGCAGAGACCAUUUUUGUUUGGCAAUGGAUUACUGUCCCGGCGGUGAUUUGACAACUUAUUUGAACGUCAGUUCCUUCCCAAAGGAGACAGCAGUAUUCUACUCAGGGUGUAUAGUUUUAGGAUUACAGUUCCUGCAUGAAAGAAAUAUUAUUCACCGAGAUAUAAAGCCACCGAAUAUCUUGCUGGACUCUGAUGGUUAUGCCAGAAUCGCUGAUUUUGGCAUGGCAAAGAAAACUGCGGGAUAUGAUGGCACAGCUACUUCAGCAUGUGGAUCUCUUCCCUAUAUGGCCCCUGAAAUUUUCAGAUCCCGUUUCUACACAAAAUCUGUAGACUGGUGGGCACUAGGGAUAUUGAUCUAUAAAAUGCUGCUCAACAAGAGUUGCCACCUGUCUGGAUUAGACCUGGACAAUGGCUUCCCAGUCAAGUCAGGAUCUUCCUUGAUUGACAUGGUGAGAAGCCAAUUGCUGAUCACCACAUAA